CUCCAUCCACAGCACCUUCCUGCCAGCAUACUUUGAGCGUUGGAAUUAUCUACUCGCAAUCCAUCACAAGUGUCAACGAGUGGCAAAGAGUCUCGCUAGGGAUCUCCAGCAUGGACUACCAAAAUCGCGCGGGCUCCAAACAUGGAGGUGGUGGUGUCGCCUCAACCUCUGCAACCAACGCCGAUCGCCGGGAACGUCUACGGAAGCUCGCACUGGAAACAAUCGAUCUUGACAAAGACCCCUACUUCUUCAAAAACCACGUCGGCAGCUUUGAGUGCCGUCUAUGCUUGACAGUACACCAGAAUGACGGAUCUUAUUUGGCACAUACCCAGGGGCGAAAGCAUCAGACCAACCUCGCGCGUCGAGCAGCGAGGGAGCAAAAGGAGGGGAAGGGACCUGACUCGGUGGUGCCAGGCCUGCUCGCUGGUGUGCAGGUGAAGAAAAAUUUAAUCAAAAUCGGGAGGCCGGGAUAUAGAAUCACCAAAGUUCGCGAUCCGAUGACGCGCCAGAAUGGACUGCUCUUUCAAUUUCACUAUCCCGAGAUUGCCCCCGGCGUCGCUCCCCGAUUACGGUUCAUGAACGCUUAUGAGCAAAAGAUCGAGGAGCCAAAUGCGCAGUUCCAAUACUUUGUUGUCGCUGCAGAACCAUAUGAAACUGUGGCUGUCAAGCUACAAGCUCGGGAGGUGGACAGGCGGGAAGGGAAGUUCUGGCAAUGGUUCGACGAGGACAGCAGGGACUUCUGGGUCCAAUUUCUCUUCAAGACAGAACGUGACGAGCGUUACAGUGCCGUGCCCGGCCUUGCCCCUGGGAGAAAGUGAAGGAAAUGGUUUGCGAGAUCAUCUCGAUCUCGGCGUGUGAUCAACUGGUUAGGCAGCGAAAGCGUAGCUAUCGAGGUAAACUCCCUGGAUGUAUAGCAGCCCUCUAUCUCUCCGAUUUUCCUCAGAGUAUCUUCCGGUGUUUUUCUUCGGAAGAUAAGGAUCGGUUGGCGUUGAAGGCGAGGCGAUUGAAAGCCUCUGAAUACCCCAAUUUGUGUAGGU